AUUUUGACAGUUGGCAACUCUAGUAUUUAUAUACGACCGACUGUUUUCAACAAUUAAAAGAUUUUAUUUUUUAAGUUAAGAAUGGAUAAAGUAGAGACGGUUACCACACCAAAUGUCGAUGCUCACCGACGCAUAAUAAACAAAGCCGUUUCCCAGUUGCUACAGGAUAAAGGAGCCAGUCAAGCCAGCCUCCAAUGCCUAGAGACGCUAACUCAAAUGCUACAGGCCCUAAUUGUUGAGAUUGGCAACUCGGCGCACAACUAUUGCGAGCUCAGUGGUCGUACCUUGCCCACUGUAGGCGAUGUUAGCCUGGCCCUGAUCAAUAUGGGCAUCAACAUAAGCAGCCUUGAACCUCAUUUGCGCCGUGAAACGCACACUCCCAUUCCCCUACCGCCGCAACAGAUGCAACAACGACAAUUGAGCUUGCUGCAGGCGGGUAGUAAAUCAUCUCAUCCACACUAUGUACCCAGCUACUUUCCAGCUAUGCCCGAUCCACAUGCCUAUAUAAGGACUCCGACCCACAAGCAGCCGGUAACAGAAUACGAGGCCAUUAGAGAGAAAGCAGCGUGCCAGAAGCGGGACAUUGAGAAGGCUCUCACUAAAUUUUUAUGCAAAACCACGGAAACGAACAAUCUUUUUCCCACCGAAGACAAUAUGUUUCCUUUAAUUGCAUCUAAACCCUCCUUUCCACCCUAUGCCGCAGCACUGAAUCCAACAGAUCAGGUCUUUGACUUUGAGGAGCUGGAGUAUCAUUAUUUAGUAGCCAAUCGUACGGAGGAUGUGCCCAGUAAAGAAGACGGUGAGGAUGGUGACAGCGAUCAAGAGGAUUUGGAAGGUGAUAAGUCCAAAGAAGAAAAACCCGAGCUAGAAAUCAAACCCAACUCCACAACCAAUAAAGCUAUUUUAGAGAACCCCAACAUAGACAAUCCAUAUCUACGUGCUGCCACAUUGCCUAAGCGAUCCAAAUUGGGUCCCACACCUAUGGCCAGUCGCAAUAUGAUGACCACAACGCCAUCAAUUUUAGAGAUAACCAAAAACAAUAUUUAAUUAGAUCCUAAGUUCAGAGAACUGCACAUAAAGAUAAUAUCCGAUUUGGAUUAUUUUUAUUAAAAGCAUGGACAAGUUACAUUUACUAAAAA